AUGUCCGUUGGGCGCGGUGAAGCCCAGAAGGCUGCGAGUCAGACACACUUCCUCGGCGCUGCCGCACUACUACCGCAGUGUGAGCCAUCCGAAAGCCUCGAGGUUCAGCACGGCAUGUCCAAGACCAGCUGGCACAAAGGGGAUGAAGAGCAGAGACGAUGCGUUAAAGAUGACGGUCGUUCUAUCGAGUCCCAGUCGCUAAAAUCCAACCCAGUCUUAGCGGCCCUUGCCAGCGGGCAGUUCCCUAAUGUCAGGCCAAACUACGAUUAUUUUGCUCACCUCCUGGCACAGAAUUUGACAGUUUCCGUGAGGCCAAAGACAUGCCAGAUCUUCGUAUCGUCUCCUGAGCUCCAACUUCGAGAGGACAGGACGAUUACCGACCGAAGUGGCAAGGCCCUCGACCUCACCAAGUACCCUUACCUCGUCAUGAGUGUUGAGGAUGGUGAGUCGACACGUCGUGGACGAGACGGUAGCAUGGUUCUACAUGAUUAUACAAGUACCAUCUCCCAAAGUUAUUCCGGUCCUGUCAAAGACAUCACGAAGCACUGGGAGACGCAAUUCCCCCAGCUCCACCGGCAAUUCGCCCUUCCUCAGCCGCAAGACGAGGAUUUUCUUACAAUCAUCGAGAUGACGCUCAACGGGCUCGUCGAGAUGUCAAUCGAUCAACCGGCGCUCCGGAAUCACAUGUGGAAGUGCACUACACGCCUCGCACGGCCUCAGGAACUCUGCAGCGAUAACGAGCCUUUGUACCUAGAACAUACGGACGAGAUGGGGGUGCAAUUUAGUCAUCAGAGCGGGUGCGGGAGUGGGAAUGCGCCUUGUGACUGCCUUUCCCGUCCGCGGCAGGAUGUACGGGUGCCUUUCCCGGCAGCAGAGUGGGCGAGCAUGCUGACCAACUGUGUCGAGUACCCAAACGCCACGCCCGAAGAGAGCCGCAAACGAAAGGGGCAGGCCUCGAAAUCUGAUGGCGAGGAGUGUGGUUCUGGCGGCGUGCCCACACAGCAGGGCCUUCUAGGUCAAAUUGGCAUGGUCCAGGAGCUCUGGAGCACCGCCCCUACGGCCCUCAUCUCAACAACACAAUGGAGGACUGGCAGCGCCGGGCCGAAGAAGUGGUCCGCUUCAGAGCCGCCCACUGCGCAGUGGCGGUUCCUCACAGUAAACGACCCAACUUCGGAAUAUCACAUGAGAAAUGCAUACGUUCCAUCCGAGGAGCCCACCGUUCCCGAAGCUACUUUUCUAGCGCCGGAGAAUCUAGUCUUGGAGGCGGACCCGGCGAAAUCGGGCGUCGUCUGCCACGGCAACUAUCUGUCGUGGAACCACAACGGGGCGUACCCGGCCCUCAUUCCUCAGCACUGGAGGCACAAGCAGCAGAUUUUCCAGUGUUGGGGGUGGUCGACGGAGCAACGGCCUCGCCGAUGCUGGGAAGCACAGGCAGACGAGCUCGCUUUUGCUGGAGAGGCUCCCGGGACGCCCGGGAGCAACCCGUUUUUGACGGAAAAUAUGACCAUGGCUGCCGCUGCGGGGAUGGUUUAUGACGAUAUUGUCUGCGAUCCGUCCCUCCAACCAUGGAACACGGCGUUACCCGAUAUCAAACCAUGGGUUGCUGGGACCGAUACCGGAUUGCUGCCUUUGUCAGGGCCGGCGGACAGGAACCCCGAAUGGCCGGCAGAGCACCCCAUGGGCCAGAUCCUUUGGGACCCUACCGUACCCAAGGAACCCUGGGCGGCGCAGCCUCUGGACAUGGCGCUCUACCCCGAGUGGGAGGACGCCGCCAUGCACACCGGCGCUGGCUGCCCCCUCGGGAGUGGAGUUCUAUCGCCACCAGCGUCCGCGGGAUCGCUCUUUCAUGGAGCGAGCCUCGGAAGUCAGAGAUUUACGAAGAGGGCGAGGGCCGGGGGUGUCGACAUGGCCACCGGUCUUCUCCCCUCAAGGGCGUUCAGAGACUUAUUAAUCGGCCCAAGAGGGUAA